AUGUCCACAUCCAAGGUCACCACGCCGUCAGCAUCCAAAUCGUCGAACUCAGGCAACACCAAAGAAGGUGGCUCCUCGGCCCCUCGCCAAAGCCGUUUCAGAGGUGAUGUGCCCGCUUUUAAUCCCACUGGCCAGUCUCCCUUCGUGUUGGCCCAACAGUUCCAGAAUCCUCCAUUCCCUCAACAGCCACAACCUUACCAACAUCCACAAAUGAUGUAUGGAGGCCAAGUGCCGGGAGGAUACAUGCAAUACAUGGGCUACCCUGAGUAUAUGAUGGGAUAUCCUUACUUCACCAUGCCUUCAGCGCCAUUCCCACAGCCAUAUAUGGCUCCGCAUAUGAAUAACAUGAACAACUACAUGCCUCCAAACAGCAAACAGAAAAAGUUUUCCAAGGGCCACAAUGCAUACAACAACACUAAUAGUCAUAAUAAUCACCAAAGUCAUUUCAAUGAAGGCGCUCAUGGAGAGCCUUACGGCCCACCUCCACAUGCAAAGUUCAAUCAGUCAUACUCAUCUCGCUCAGAGUCUCCUAGCACAGUUCCAUAUACCUCCCAACAGACGCCCGAGUCGAGCAAUGCUACUACGCUACCCGAGGAAACGCCACCAACAACACAGCAGGAUAUUGAUAGAGAGGCUAAGGAUUCUCCCGAGCCUGUGGCCCCAGCAUCCCAACCAGUAGCCGAAACUCCCGUGGCUGCUACCGAAGAAGAUCAAGAAGUCCAGGUUGCUCCAGAGGAACCUAAAGCUGCACCAGAAGAACAGCCAAAACUCGGCUCCUUGCCGCUUCUAUUCAGCACGUCUCUCGACGAAUACUCUACUUCGAGAUCACAAGAUGCUAGCAACAAACAGAAACUUCUAGCAUCGAAGCACAGCCGUGUCCAAAAAUACGUCCAGCUGCAAAAGACGUCUUCUGGCGCCAUCGCUAAUCCAAUCAUCAACAAGAAUGGCACCCGCAAUGUUGUUGACCAUUCAAGUGGAAAGACCGUUAACGAACUUAUAUACCCGGCUGAAAAGUCCACUUCUGAUGCAUCCAACGCUUCUAACGACCCCAAUGCUCCUAAUGAUAACGACCUGAAUGACAAUACCUCGACAACAAGACCUUCAAACUGGGCUGCUAUUCUACAGACUACUGCCACCAAGAAGGCUCCCAAGAAGACUACAGCAACAUCAAAGAGUUCACAAGCUCCUAUUGAAAGCAAGUCUGCUUCACCAGCUCCCGCAUCUAUUACUGACGGGCCACAAUCCCUAGGCUUGUUGCUGUUGAAGAUGUUGUUUGACCCAGAGUUCUCCUUCAGUUCAUUGCCCUCAUACUCCAUUAAUCCAAGAGGGUUGACAAACACAGGUAAUAUUUGUUACAUGAAUGCCGUGCUUCAGUGUCUUAUGUUUUGUGAGCCUUUCAAUAAACUUAUUCGCCACGUUGAUGAGAAGGCUGUUGGCACUCUCGACAAGAAAUCGCUGCAGCCAAUCGUUGAUGCUACAAUUCAUUUCAUCAAGGACUUUUUGAAGGUGGCUGCACCAAAUGGAGCAAAUGGAAGUAACGGCACUCUUAACAGCCAAGGUAUUGUUGUUGGCCGCCCACUUUCUCCUGAGGUACUUUAUCAAAGACUUGUUGAAAACACGAAGUUCAGACAUCUUAAGUGGGGUCAGCAGGAAGACGCUGAAGAGUUCUUGACCUAUUUCUUGGACGGUCUCCACGAAGAUUUCGUCAAAGCUGAGGCUGACGUUGCAUCUGCACAGAUUGACGAGCUUGUUAGCUUGUGUCAGCUGAAGUUUAACGACAGCACGAGUAAGCAGAAUGUCAAGAGCAAGAUCAAGACAGCCUACCGUGUAACCAAGCAGUUGGUCAACCAAGGUGAAGAGGUUGAAGCACUGGAUGAAGAGGAAGAAGCAAAUGGAUGGUCAGAGGUCGGCAGCGGGAAACGGGUUUCCAAAAAGAGGGUUGUCGAUGUUGAACCAUCACCGAUCACCCUGAUUUUUGGCGGCAGGUUCCGUAGUGUCUUGACUAUCCCUAAGGGCAAAGAGUCACAGUCCAUCACAGUUGAUCCUUUCAGAUGUAUGCUGGUUGACAUCUCGCAAAAGGAUGUUUCUACCAUUGAAGAUGCCUUGUGGAGUCUGCACCAGAUUGAGAAAAUCCCAUUCAAGAUUGACGCUGAGCGGGAGGUGACGGCCAAAAAGCAAACAUUUAUUGACCAGCUCCCCGAAGUUUUACUCCUUCAACUUAAGAGAUUUGCAUAUCAGCAAGAGCCCGAGAGCCAGAAUUUUAGCAGAGAGGGGUCGACAGAACCUAACGGAAAGGAUGCUGUCAGCUAUGGUACGAUAGAAAAAGUCAUGAAGGAUGUCAAGUUUGGCUUGGACUUGGAAAUUCCCCCAGAAUGUCUUUCUACCACGCUUCGGGCAGCUGACCCUAAACCAACCUAUAAGCUCGUCGGUGUCAUUUACCACCACGGCCGUAACGCUGAAGGCGGGCAUUACACCUGUGAUGUUUUCCGGAACGGCAUGGCCGAAUCCAGCAGCGUCGGCGACAAGAAAUGGUUGCGUAUUGACGACACCUCCGUGGAAGCAAUCAGCUCCGAUGCGGUCGUGGAAACGCCCGAGGCAAACGACAAGAGUGCUUACAUUUUGAUUCCAUUCGCUAUGCAACUUACUAACAUCGCUGCCGCCGCUGCCAUUGCUGGUGUCGCCGCCGCCCACAACAUCACCGUCACCACCAACGUUGUUGUCACUGACUACACCACUUACUGCCCUGAGCCAACUCAUGUGGUUGUUAACAACAAGACCAUCACUGUCACCGAGGCCACCACCUUGACUGUCACUGGCCCUUGUACCAUUCCAACCACUUUCAUCCAGGAGAAGCCAACCACUACUCCAGGUGAGCCAGAGCAGCCAAGCAAGACCCACCCAGGUAAGCCAACCACUGUUGCCGGUGAGCCAACUCCAGGUCCAGGUAAGCCAACUGAGGGUCCAGGUAAGCCAACUGAAGGUCCAGGUAAGCCAACCACCGUCGCUGGUGAGUCAACCCCAGGUCCUUCUCACGGUGAGGAGGGCACCUCUACCACCGUCGUCAACGUUUCCACUUUCGUGAACGGCGCUGGUAAGGUUGCUGCCGGUGCUGCUGCCGGUUUCGCCGCUAUCGCUGCUGCUCUUGUUUAA